GCGGCGGUGACCAGAAGGAGGAGAAAGAACAUGGCGGGCGCGGCGGGGCCCGGGACUGGCCCGGGGGCAGCGGGCGGAGAUGGAGACGAUUCGCUAUACCCGAUCGCGGUUUUAAUAGACGAACUCCGCAAUGAGGACGUGCAGCUCCGUCUCAACAGCAUAAAGAAGUUAUCAACAAUUGCCCUAGCACUUGGAGUGGAAAGGACGCGAACUGAACUGCUGCCAUUCCUUACAGAUACAAUUUAUGAUGAAGAUGAGGUACUGUUAGCUCUUGCUGAGCAGCUGGGAAAUUUCACCGGCCUGGUGGGAGGUCCUGACUUUGCCCAUUGUCUGCUGCCUCCUUUGGAAAGUCUGGCGACGGUGGAAGAGACUGUGGUUCGAGACAAGGCUGUGGAGUCCCUGAGGCAGAUAUCCCAGGAGCACACUCCUGUUGCUCUGGAAGCUCAUUUUGUACCUCUGGUGAAACGCCUAGCGAGUGGGGAUUGGUUCACUUCUCGCACAUCUGCAUGUGGUUUGUUCAGCGUUUGCUAUCCCAGGGCUUCAAAUGCUGUCAAAGCAGAAAUUAGACAGCACUUCCGUUCCUUGUGCUCAGAUGACACACCAAUGGUACGCCGAGCUGCUGCUUCCAAAUUGGGCGAAUUUGCAAAAGUUUUAGAAUUAGACAGUGUGAAAAGUGAAAUUGUCCCAUUGUUCACUAAUCUAGCCUCAGAUGAACAGGAUUCAGUGCGCCUGCUAGCUGUGGAAGCUUGUGUCAGUAUUGCCCAGUUACUGUCUCAGGAUGACCUUGAGGUUUUGGUGAUGCCUACACUUCGACAAGCAGCAGAAGAUAAAUCUUGGCGAGUUCGCUACAUGGUAGCGGACAAAUUUUCAGAGCUCCAGAAAGCUGUGGGUCCUAAAAUCACCCUAAAUGACCUCAUCCCCGCCUUUCAGAACCUACUUAAAGACUGUGAAGCUGAAGUCCGAGCAGCUGCUGCCCACAAAGUAAAAGAACUUUGUGAGAACUUGCCCACUGAGGGUAGAGAAACCAUAAUUAUGAAUCAAGUUCUGCCCUAUAUAAAGGAAUUAGUAUCUGAUACAAAUCAACAUGUCAAAUCAGCUCUAGCUUCUGUAAUUAUGGGAUUGUCUACCAUUUUGGGCAAAGAGAAUACCAUUGAACAUCUUCUACCUCUUUUUUUAGCUCAGUUAAAGGAUGAGUGUCCUGAAGUUCGUUUGAAUAUCAUCUCCAAUUUGGAUUGUGUAAAUGAAGUGAUUGGAAUCCGUCAGCUCUCCCAAUCUCUUCUUCCUGCCAUAGUGGAGUUAGCUGAAGAUGCCAAGUGGCGGGUCCGGCUGGCCAUCAUUGAGUACAUGCCACUGCUUGCCGGCCAGCUGGGUGUGGAAUUCUUUGAUGAAAAGCUAAAUUCUUUAUGUAUGGCUUGGCUUGUGGACCAUGUGUACGCCAUUCGUGAAGCUGCCACCAACAACCUCAUGAAACUGGUUCAGAAGUUUGGUACAGAGUGGGCCCAAAAUACCAUUGUUCCCAAAGUGUUAGUGAUGGCAGACGACCCUAAUUACUUGCAUAGAAUGACCACUUUAUUCUGCAUUAAUGCACUGUCUGAAGCCUGCGGUCAGGAAAUAACCACUAAGCAGAUGCUGCCCAUUGUGUUGAAAAUGGCAGGAGACCAAGUGGCGAACGUCCGUUUCAAUGUGGCCAAAUCUCUACAGAAAAUUGGACCAAUUCUAGAUAAUGAUGCUCUGCAGGUGGAAGUUAAGCCGGUACUGCAGAAGUUAGGCCAAGAUCAAGACAUGGAUGUCAAAUACUUCGCACAGGAAGCUAUAAGUGUGGUGGCCCAAAGGCUGAGGAAGCUAGAUUUUCCUGUCAAGGGCAGUGAAGAGCCCAGCGCCCCUGGGGCUGACAAGAACCACUUCCUGAGACCCAGGGGGCCUGGAGAGGACACUGAGAAGGGACCAGCACAUCAGUUGCAUGUAAAUACUAGAGACACACUUGCCCAGCUGGGAACUGCAGAACUAGUGCAUUUUUCCCGAAGCAGAGACUAAUACUCCUGGAUUAAAAAAAGAGCACAAACAAAAAAUAAAGUACCACACAUAUUGCACUUUUUGCCGAAUGAUGAAAUUUUUACCUCAUGUUCGUUUCACUGAAGUCUCUUCAGAGGAUCCUGGUUUACAAGAUAAUAAAGCUAAUGGUUAUAUACAGUAGUGUACACACUGCUAAUGAGAAACAGACUGGAAAGUCAUUUCAAAGCAGCCUCUCACAAAGAGUGGUAUUAAGCCUUCUUAUUAGUGUUACUUUAGUGUUUGUGAAAACUGCCUGGAAGCUUAUACAGGUCACUAAUUAGGGGACAGAGCAACACAGAUGACCAGACAGGGCUGUGAAAACAGCACCUGACUGACCUACAGGACCAGUCUCCUCCCACCAGCUCACAUUUCAGUAAAUGCAGGUGGUUAUGGAAUUUAUUGAUUUCUGCUUGAAAUGGGAAAGGCAAAUAGGAGCUUACAACAUAGGUCCAGCCAGACAGGUCAUGCUAUUCCCCAGGUAAGCAUCUGAGCCACCAGUCUGUCCCUAACACAUGUCUGUCUCCAGGUCCUCUUAACCUCCAGCAGCCCCGCAGCCGGCCUCAGCAUCCCGCCACAGCUCCGAGGCCUCCUGGGCUAAAAGGCCUACGGCCUCAUUGGUGCAGGUGUCUAAGUCCAUCUGUAACUGUGCCAUUCCCGAACUGUGAAAUGAGUGGCCUCCUUUUUCAACAGGGAAGGCAUUUAAGUUUCAUAAAUAUUACAGCACUUCAAUAGUAUAUUUUGGAAAAACAUCCUUCAUUCUAAAUGAAUCAAGCUGUUUUAGAACUAGGUAUUUGCAAAGACUUAAAACAGAUCAGAGACCUUAAUGGAAGGACCUCUUAAAUGAAAUAUCUAUUUCAUGAAGAAAUCAUCAAUCUUAACCAUGAGGAAGAAUAAACAAUGCACAGAAGGAACACGAUUCAUUCUUCCUGGACUGCCACUGUGUAUUCUUAACUCACAAAGGCAACAGUCCUCCCUAGUACCCUUUCUGGCUAACACCAGGGUCCAGCCCCCCACAGAGCACCCCUGCAAAGCAUCCCGGCAUCAGGGGGGCCGGGAGCAAGCACUGCUCAAGGUACCAAUGCUGGCGGGGCCUAGGCUAGGGGGCAGAACAGACCUCCCGAGACAGUCCAUCCUUCUCGCCUGCCUAGACAAUUACUACAAAGAGGAAAGGCAACUUAAAGGUGUUCCUAGAUGCAGCAUCAAUGUAGUAUCUGUCUCUCUUCUUUGUGCUUUAAGGAAGAUGCUUGUGCUUAAUGCAUUCAUCUGCAGAUAGGACAAGCCAUUCUGAAGGACAGAAAUGACAGUCUUUGUAAAUAAUACUGAAUUUGUCACACUUGCGUGUUAUUGUCCAAAUGACAGAUUGCUCCUUCUAGGUACACAGUUGACUAGCUGUAGCGCCUAUUUUUUACUUACUUUGAUGAAUGAAUUGUAAUGGUUAAGUUUUAUUAGUAAUAUAAUGAGUUUGGCAGAUGAUUUGCUUAAGUGGUUAACACAUCUGUGGUUUUUGAAUAUUGCUGUAAUACUUGAACAUUUAAUUACAAGUCAAAACUUUAAGGAAAUUAAGAAUACAAUUCCCACAUGGUGGAAAGCAAACUCUGAAGUGACUUUGGAUUUAGCAUUGAUAUAAAUGGAAAACUUGGUUUCUACAGAAAAGAAAUAAUUAAAGCGUGAUCUGGGGGGAAAAGGCACAGCACUACCACUUCACAUGGGAAAUAUAAGUUCAUUUUUCUUGUUCUUAAAAUCUCUAAGCCCUAUAUGAAACUGUCCAAAUAUACAAAGCUCAAUAAACUACUAGCAACAUACAGUGUGAAGUCAAAGUAGUUAUUACACUGUAAAAGAGCCACUAGGUUCUCUGAUGACCAGCUGCCCAAACCACAAGUCCCCACCAUACACUCUGUAGGAAGAGCCUGUCUUCCCCUGGCCCAGGGCUGCUGCUCUUGAUGGUUUCUCGAGUUUCUCAUCUCCACUAUGGGGGGAGGGGGAUUCUACAGGGGACAUCUUUGGAGCCAAGGACACUCUGAGUCUGUAACCCAGGGCACCUUCUGAAGAGGUGUGCUGCCUGCUCCCACAUGGAGACGACCACUAUUCUCCGGGGUUAGUACCAGCUGGUGUUUGGUGGCCCUUGAAACAAAGUUCACACCCCAGUGCUUUGUGAUGGUCUUGGGGACAACUUCAGCAGCAGCUUUGAACUUACGCUUCAAUGACAAAGUACAACUCUAAUUUCUGCUCAUCGAUUUCAUUAUGUGUCCUUGAUUUGCCUUUAGGCAACAUGUUGUUCCUUGGCUUCAGUGAAAAAUACUGUCUUUCUCCCCACUUAUAAUGAAUAGCAUGCAGUUUUCCUGCAUUCACCAAGGUUUUCCUUGAUAACUGGUGUAGUUCUGGAUAAAACCUAGGUCUAGACGUCUUCUUAUAAAAACACUAGUCAGUGUCUCCCAUGGGAGUUUGCUCCAUUGACCCGAGGGCGUCAGCCUACAACUGUGUUCCAGCACUUGCCACAGAAAACUCCGGUGGGACGGAGCCAGGAAGAAGCAACAUCAGCCUGGCCAGGCCCUCUGAUUCCAGUUGGGCAACUUGAUUUUUCCCCCUAGGGAGAGGGCAGGAAAAUAAGCUUUAAAUGUAAAAGGCUGGAAUAAAAAUAAAAACACACUCUUCCUACACUCGA